AUGGGAGGACACGGAGAUUUCCACACAGUAAAGCUUGACCCUGCAGUCGAAAGAUGGAAUUAUAUGAGGGAGCACACUUAUCACCACUUUAAAAUGACCAGACCAAUCGCUAACAAGAUCCUCGCUUUCGGUUUGGUCAUCCCUGCCGGUAUCUUCGCUAUAGCACAAUACACAGACGAGAGGUGGAAUUUCGCAGGCGCUAGAAAGAAUGAAUUGACCACCCAGAGAGGUACAUUCAUCAACACUAAACCUGCAGAGGCUGAGGACGACGAAUAA